CGGAUCAGCUGCUUCUGUCUGAUCCAGGAUCUGAGCUCGUCUCGUUAUGUCUGUCGGAUCCAACAUGGCGGCCUCCGCGGCUUCACGUGAGCUGUUCACGGAGGGAGUCCGCGCGGUUCUUCACACCUGGCCGGUGCUACAGAUUGCCGUGGACAAUGGCUUUGGAGGCGUGUACGGCCAGCAGAAAGCUGAUUGGAUGGUGGACGUGGUUCAGCAGUACUUCCAUGACAAUGCUGACCUGCAGCCCUGUGAGGUGGAGGAUUACCUCUCUGACCUGAUGGACCAGGAGUUUGAUACGGUGGUGGAGGACGGGAGUUUACCUCAGGUGUCUGUCCGUCUGCUGCAGCUGUUCUCUCAGUGGCAGCAGGGGGCGUUGCAGCAGCUCAAACACACCAUCAGCACUCUGACACAGAACCAGAACCACAGAGCAACAGUCACAGCUCCGCCCACCCAGGAGGAGAGCAGCAGCGAUGAAGCACAGGUGAUGGAGGUGGACUCGUCGGGUCCUUCGGUCAGCAGGUCUCGGCCUCGUCCUCCUCAGGACAAAGAGGAAGAGGACGGCUGGACGCUGGUGAGGAAGAAGAAGUGAAGAAGAGCUACAGGAAGAGAUUUUAAUGAACUGAUGUUUGUGUCUGAACGAGGAGCAGGACGACUGGCUUUAUAUUAAAUAUGUUAAACAAA